AAAAUAAAAAUGAAACAGAUCCGACAAAGUUUUUGGAUAAUGGAUUACAUUGGGACGAUUGUUAUGAAGCUUUUGUUAUUGCCGCUUUUUUUACUUUACUUAUUCAAUUCGUUGGUGAAUCGCCCGAGGAACAAAAAAAAAAAUUACGCGGUCGUGAAAAAGCAAAGCUUCCAGUGCCCUGUUGUUGCAUUACUUAUAGUCCAACUGGCCAUACGUUUCUUUCCAUUACAAAGUGGGGUAUAUUACAAUAUGUUAUAAUGAAACCUAUCAUUACGUUUAUUUCACUUAUUACCGAAGCUUUUGGUGUUUUUUGCUCGGAAAGUUUGAGUUUUGCUUUUGCCAGAGUUUACAUGAAAAUUUUGACUUUCAUUUGUGUAACCGUUGCCAUGUAUGCCCUGGUACGUUUAGCUGCCAUAUUGGUCUGCAUAGAAAUGACUAUCUUUUCAUUUUUACACAUAUUUGCAUUUCCUUAUCAACCCUAUGAAAGAUUGGGGGAUCAUAAAAAAGUUUCGAUAACAAAAGGAUUAAUAGAUUCUUUUAAUCCAAUCGAUAUUUGGAAAGAAAUUGUAUAUGUUUGGCAAACUUUGACCAGAAGAAAAUUUCCCAAAAAUGAUUCUGACUUUGUGAGUACUGUUACAGGCGAAAAAGAAGAAAAGAACAAAAAUGAAAAUAUAUAA